AUGCAAAGUGAAUUAUUAUCGUUACUUUAUGAUGAUAUUACAAAGUCUCAUGAACUACUUUAUCCAACUAAUGAUGAAUAUCUAACAACGAUUAAAUGUAUCGUAAACAAACUUCGUAUUCCUUCAUCAUCAUUACAUUAUUCAAUUAAUAUCGUUGAAAAAUUGAAUACCAAAUUAGAUAAUUCCCAUCAACUAAUACCACUAACGCCAAUUAACUCGCCAACAUCUCCGUCAGAUUCUUUUAUGUUUUUUGGUCUUGGUAGUACUAAUACUAUAAUUUUAUCGGAAAAAUUAACAAUACCAUUUAUCACAGGAUCAUGUGUUUCUAUGCGUUUAGAAUACUCGAUCCGUAUUUUGAAACCAAUACAAGCAAGAGAAAAAUCUAUCAAUUUGUAUAUGAAAGAUCUUCAUACAAAAUUUGCUGAAUUAAUAUUGGAAUAUUUUGAACAUAAUCGACAGCUUCCAAAUAAACUCGUGUUUUAUAAAAUUGAUGUUGGAAAUCGAUUAGAUAGUGAAUUGAACAUUAUCAAACAAUGUUGCACACGUACAGUUAUUAAUACAGAUAUUGUUGCACCAAAUGAAAUUAAUUUUUACAUAACUUCACAUGCAACUGUUCAAGGUCUAUCAAAAAUAAUAUUAUACUACGUUUUAAUUAAUGAAAGAAUUUUAGAUGAAAAUGGAAAAAAUAGACUUCAUUAUUAUUUUUGUUUUAAAAUUUAG